AGAAGAGGUCGAGGCUACAGAGAGACGGCUUGAAUUGCGGCCGCACUUUUUUGUGCUUUUUUUGCUUCUCCGAGACCGGAUUUGGCAAUAUCGUCGGUGAUUGAAGUCCGACCUAUCAAUCAGGAGAUUGUAUAAAGGGCCAGCCAGUGAGCUGGAGGAAGUAGCAUGAACAAUCCUCAAGGACUCUCGGAGGAGAACCGUCGUGUGCCCUGUAUCUCCUCCCACAGCGAUUUGGCUAGUUAUGCUGCUCUCGAGCAGCUGUGAAACAAAAAUUUUACCAUCGCUUGGGAGCAAUAAGCACAAUGGAGCACGAUUCUUCUGUCACUAUCAACAUAGUUAUGUAUCAGCAAGCGGCUGUUAUAUCAUGCCUUCUAGCUAUAUCUGGAUUUCUGAUUGUGAAGCAGUUAAGAGGGAAAAAACUCCGGCUCCCACCUGGACCAGCAGGAUUGCCUUUGAUCGGACACCUGCACAUUCUCGGCGCAGCUCCACACCAGUCUCUUAUGCAGCUGGCGAAAGAACACGGAAAUAUCAUGCUCCUGAAGCUGGGCGUUUUCCCCACAGUUGUCGUCUCUUCUCCAGAUCUUGCCAGGGAAGCUCUCCAGGAACAAGACCAGAAUCUUGCAUCUCGACCGCACUUCGAGUCCGGAAAAAUCCUAGCCUACAACAACCAGUCCACUUCUCUCACACCCUGCAAUGAAACGUGGAGCCUGAUGCGCAAGGUCAUUUCGACGGAUUUUUUAUCUGCCAAGCGCAUCGAGCAAUCAAAGAGCAUAAGGAGGGAGGAGCUCUCAAGUACCAUCGAAGAUAUUCUGUGUGACGGACACGGCGGGCAGCUGGUAGAUUUCGAUGCAAAGCUUACGGCCCUAGUGCUAAACCAGACUACCCAAUUUAGCUUCAGGAAGAGAUAUUAUGGUUCACAGAAUAGAGAAGCAGCCGAAGGUGCAGAAGCUUUCCAAUCGCUUAUUAAAGAAGCUGGGACGAGCUUCUUCUUUCCUGGAGAAUUCUUUCCGUUUUUGAUGUUUCUCGAUAUAGGUGGAGUAGAAGCCCGUAUGCAUAGAUUAGCACAAAGAGCUGACCGUUUCUACAGUAGCAUCCUGGCCAGCCAUAGAAAAGAAGAUGGUAGCUUUCAGUCCAGGGAGGCACUAGAUCAAGAUUUCGUGGACGUGCUCUUGGCAUGUCAGAAGGAGAACAAAGACAACGUUUCAGAUGAUAUGAUCAAAGCUGUACUUCAGGAUGUGAUCAUGGCUUCAUCGAGUACCAGCUCAGCUUCCAUGUUAUGGGCGCUAGCCGAGCUUAUGAGACACCCAGACAAUCUUCAGAAAGUUCAGAAGGAGCUGGACACUGUCGUAGGUAAAAAUAGACUAGUGGAAGAGUCAGACAUUGCUAAUCUCGUAUUCCUUCGAGCGGUGGUGAAGGAAACUUUUCGGCUUCAUCCAGUGCUCCCUCUCCUGCUGCCGCAUCAGUCAGAAGUGGACAUCAAACUAGGAGGCUACGACAUUCCAGCGAAGACAAGGGUUCUGGUCAACACAUACGCCAUCGGAAGAGAUCCCCGAAUCUGGAAUAGCCCGCUGCACUUCAAUCCCGGCAGAUUUAUCAAGAACUCCAUAGAUGUGAAGGGUCAAAGCUUCGAGCUACUGCCUUUCGGAGCUGGUCGACGGAUGUGUGUAGGGUAUAGUCUGGGCAUGAUGACGGUGGAAUACGCUCUAGCUCAAAUUCUUCACACUUGCAAUAUGUUCCUUCCGAAGGGCAUGAGUCCCAAAGACCUGAGUAUGGAAGAGGUGUCAGGGCCCUCAUUGACGAGAUCGGAGGCUCUUCGGCUGCGUGUCACUCCACGUUUACCAGCUUCGGUGUACAUCAAAGCAGGAAUCAAGAACGUAGCUUAG